GUACAACACCACAACGUGACCACAGCACCCAAUUAAUAGCCCAAUCGAACCUUCAUCCCCAAAGAAAAACCUACAUAAAAAAAAAAGAGACCAAAAACAAUCAAUAACUAAAAAUGCCACCACCAAAAAACCCCAUCCCCCUCCCAACCCUCGAAACCUUCACAAAGACCACCCUCCACCUACCCCAAGCAACCCUAACCCGCCACCCCAAAAUCGAAGGCGACGAUCAUAUGAUCUUCACCAUCACCGAAUCCCCAAACCACCUCCUCCGCGUGACAAAACCCCGCAAAGACCGACCCUUAAACGGAACUCAUAUGCAAAAGUUCGACAUCGCGGUGCGGGAACUCAUCGCCACUGAAUACGAGGCUCGCGGGUUAUCUGGGGACAUCAUACCUAGGUCUGUGGGGCAUGAAGUUCUCACCGGGGAUGGGGUUUAUGCUGUUUCUUUGGAGACGAUGUUAGAUGGAACUGGGUUGAUUCGGGGUGGGUUGCGUCAGUAUUUGAGUGAGAGGACGGUUGAGGGGUUGGUUGAAUUGAUGAGGGUUUUGAAUGGGGUUGAUCUCUCUGGGUUGGAGGGGAGGUUGAGGGAUCUUGGGGUGGUUGGGUUUGAGGUGCCUUUUAUUGAGUGGCCGGAGAUUCGGGGGAUGAGGGAGAGGGCGGUCGUUGCGUGGAGGAGAUUGGUUGGUAAGGGGCAAAUUCUGGGGGGUGAUUUUGGGGUUAAGGAUGAGGGUGAGUUUGAGGGGUUGGGUGAGAGGAAGACGGCGUUUAUAGACCGGGUGAGGUAUCCUAGUGAAGGGAUGUCACGGCGGGUGCUCAUUCAUAAUGAUAUCAAGGGAGAGCAUAUCCUUGUCAAUCCUGAUGGGCGGAUUACUGGCAUACUGGAUUGGGCGGAUGCAGGCGUCGGAUAUCCUGCGACUGAUAUUGCGGGGCUGGUGUUGACUGUUGGGAUGCGGUUGGCUGUCAGAAUUGCAAGGGAGGUUGGGUAUAACGAGGACGAGGUUCUGCAGGGUCUGAUGCAGGCUCGGUGUGAAUGUGUUUUGAGGUUGGAUGAUCGGUUGAAUGGUGAUGAUGAGUUAACUCCGGUUGACCUGUUGAAGGGUCAGCUUGUUUUGUCGAUGGAGGAUUGUGAACUCGUUGAUUGUUUGUGAAAUUCUAGAGGAUUCUAGCGAACUGGGGGUAUGAUAUCGGAUGUACAUAGGAUUGCUAUAGUAUAGAGCUUGUUGGUGUGAGACUAUAGAUAGUAAAUAUACUGAUCGAAGAUAGAUAGAACAGCAGAACAAAUUAUGAUUGACUGGGUGUUAAGACAUGUCAUAGAUUAAUACAAUGAAUCCAGA